AUCGUUUGCCUUUCCCCUCUCACAAAUCCCCAUUCCCCGGCUCCGGCUCUGGCUCGUCACGAUGGACUCCGCAGCUCAGGCACGUUAUGAUCUUAUCCGCGAGAACCUCGCUGAGGUUCUGAACCCCGAGAUUCUCGAGGGUAUCCUGGCCGAGGGCCGCCAUCCCCGCAUCUACUGGGGAACGGCCACCACUGGCAGGCCCCACGUCGGCUACUUCCUCGCUGCCCUCAAGAUCGCCCAAUUGCUUCGUGCUCAAUGCGACGUCGUCGUCCUGCUCGCCGACAUCCACGGUUUCCUCGACAACCUGAAGGCGCCGCUGGAGCUGGUGGACAACCGCGCCCAGUACUACCGCAAGGUUAUCACCGCCAUCCUUGAGUCCGUCGGCGUGUCGACCGAGAAGCUCGAGUUCGUGCUCGGCAGCUCCUACCAGAAGUCCCCCGAAUAUGUCAUGGAUGUCUACCGCCUGUCGAGUUUGAUCUCCGAGUCGGAUGCCAAGAAGGCCGGUGCGGAGGUCGUCAAGCAGACCGACAAUGCCCCCCUGAGUGGUCUGCUCUACCCCGUGCUCCAGGUUCUGGAUGAGGAGCACCUGAAGGUGGACUGCCAGCUGGGUGGCAUGGACCAGCGCAAACUCUUUGCCGCUGCCGUGGAGUGGCUGCCCAAGCUUGGUUACCGCAAGCGCGCACAUCUCAUCAACCCCAUGAUCAGCGGUUUGAAGGGUGCCAAGAUGAGUUCCAGUAUCGAAGACAGCAAGAUCGAUCUCCUCGACUCGGCCGACAGCAUCACCAAGAAGAUCAAAAAGGCCGAAUCCGCGCCCAAGGUCGUCGAAGGCAACGGUGUCAUCGCCCUCGUGGAGUACGUCCUCCUGCCCGCCGCCGAUCUCAAGGGCAAGAAGGAGUUCCGCGUUGAGCGCAAGGACCAGGAGCCCCUGAUCUACACCGACAUCAAGCAGCUCGAGGAGGAUUACAAGAACGAUGGUGUAUGUUUUUCUUUGCUCACAUCGCCCCUUUUUAGCCUUCUGUUUGCACCUUCAUUACUAACCCUAACUCUCUGCAGUUGACGCCACAGAUGCUCAAGCCCGCCGUCGCGGACGGUCUCAUCAGCCUCAUGGCCCCCAUCCAGGCGGCCUACCAAGCCUCCACCGAGUGGCAGGAGAUCACCGCCAAGGCCUACCCGCCUCCUGUCGUCGAG